AUGAGCAAUGCCACGAUCAUCGACGAGAAGGUCCUUAAUGAUUGUUUAAACGAGAUCACGCGCGCUCUUCUUCAAUCUGAUGAUCAGUUCAAGCUCGUUCGUGAUAUGCAAGCCAAUAUUAAGAAGAUCGUCAAUCUCGAUGAUCUCACUGCAGGUCAUAACAAGCGGAGAAUCAUCCAGCAGGCUAUAUUAACCGAGCUCUGCAAGAUGUUAGAUCCUGGGAAGCCAUCUUUCACACCCAAGAAAAGCAAACCAAGUGUUGUCAUGUUUGUGGGUUUACAAGUAUUUUAUGUAUUUGGAUCCUUGAUGACAUGUGCUACUGAAUGUGAAUGA